AUGAGCUCCGCAGCGCGGCCACGAUGCUUCCUGGACAUUGCGUUCGACGGAAAGUCGGUCGGCAGAAUCGAGGUGGAGGUCCGGCCGGACGUGGCGCCGAAGACGGUGGAGAACUUUGUCGGCUUGUGCAAUGGGACGAGCUCGGGGCUGGGCUAUAAGGGCCUGACGCUGCACCGCAUCAUCCCCGGAUUCAUGGCGCAGGGCGGCAACUGCGGUAGUUCCAUCUUCGGGCAGCCGUUUCCCGACGAGAGCUUCGAACUGAGGCACAGCGGCAGAGGCGUUCUCUCCAUGGCGAAUCGCGGCCCCAACACAAACAACUGCCAGUUCUUCAUCUGUUUCACCGUGACACCCCACCUGGGUGGCAAGCACGUUACUGCGUUCUUCAACUGCUUCACUGCUACACCUCACCUGGAUCGUGUCGUCUUUGGGAAGGUGGUCAUAGACUGCCAGUUCUUCAUCUGCUUCACUGCUACGCCUCACCUGGAUGGCAAGCACGCCGCCUUUAAAAUGUUGAUUGCAGUUGGGGGGUGGCUGUGCGUUGGUGCUAUCACCUCACUUUUCAACCUCUUACUCCCCUUCCCCCUCCUUCUCCCUUCCUUCCCCCCAACCCCCUCAGACUGCCAGUUCUUCAUCUGCUUCACUGCUACGCCUCACCUGGACGGUGGUCACCAGGAAGGUGGUCGUAGAUGA